AUGGAUUCCUUGGAUGGAAUAUCAGGAUUUCUCAGAUUUAAUGCAACAGAUUCGAAUAAGAAGGUACACAUUUCUUCUAUUGCUGAUGUUUCUAUUGGUAACGAUUGGAAUGCUGAGGUUAUAUACCAGAUUUUUGGUCUUGAUUUGGGAAACCUUAUACUUCAAAUUCCUAAAAUUCCCUAUCCCUUUUCGGAUCAGGUUUUUUGGAAACACAACCAAAAGGGCAGUUUUUCGGUUAAAUCUGCUUACUGUAUUGAUCAAUCUUGGAGGUUUGCUCCGGAAAGGCAGAUCUGGAAAUGGAUUUGGGAUCGGAAUAUCCAUCCAAAAAUUUCGGUGUUUCUUUGGCGAAUCCUUAAUGAAGCUAUUCCUACUAAGAAUAGACUUCCUUUCGUUAGAGACAAAGAUUGUAGUUUGUGUGGCGGUGGAAGAGAAUGUGCUAUUCAUUUAUUUCGGGAUUGUAGCUUCUCUAAAGCUAUUUGGCUGGGAGGGUAUUAUCCAUUGAUCAUUGAUAGCAUUCCAGGGGAUAACAUGAUCAAUUUCUUGGAAGCUCUCAUCUCCUCCCUGCCUAUUGAGAGAUCAGAGCUUUUAAAUUUUGUAGGAUGUGUGUUCUCUGAAAUUUGGAAUCAACGAAAUGCACUUUGUAUGAGGAGCACUGUUGCCGAUCCCCUCUCUGCUUUACAAAGAAUUCUUAAUUCUGUUAAGGAAUUAAAUCUGGUGUGUGACAACAAAGCCAAGGAUAUGUGCAUUCUUGCCCAUGAUCCUGUUUUAGAUUCGGUACAACAAGUUUUUGACGGUCAGAGUGAAGAGCACAUGACCCAGGUGGCUCAUGUCAUCUUCACGGAUGCUUCCUGGGUAGAUGGCUUAGCAGGUUUAGCUGUUGUUGGUGUUGACCGUUUAAAUGGUUGCUGGUUUGUCAAUGCUCAAAAAUCCAAAGCAGCCUCGGCACUUGAAGCUGAACUUCAAGCAAUCCUUUUGGCUUUAUCCUGGGCUGUUGACUCUGGUUGGAAUGAAGUUCAUGUACUUUCAGACUCUUUGGUAGCAGUUACAGCUCUAAACGCAGGAGAAAGGCCUCCCAAUUGGAAAUUUGCUAGUAUUUUCUUUUCAGUAGUUAAUGUUUCUAAAAAACUUUCUUUGUGCAAGUUCUAUUUUAUUAAUCGUAGUUUAAAUUCUGUGGUUGAUGGUAUGGCUAAAAGCGCUAGAGUCGCUAUUGAUCAAGUCGUUUUGUAUCAAGGGGAGGGAAUUCCCCCUGUGGUUCCCAUCUAUUUUUCUAGUUAA